AUGCAUGGCGGUACUGGGAAAACUGGAGCCGCGCGAAAAUGCAAAAAUCCAGCAGCAGCAGCAGCAGCAGCAGCAGCGGUAGCGCGAGCUGCCGAGACACCGCAGAGGGCAGAGUACAGGGAGGCCGUUCGAUCCACCAAAGCAGCAGCAGCAGCCGCUGUGCAGAAAUCUGCAACAGAACCUGCAGAUUCUCCUCCAACAUCAGUAGAAUCUGCAGGAGGAGCGGAAGCCGUGCAGCAUUCAGUGUCGACGAUCCGGAGAGGAAAGGCAUCAGCGCAAUUUGUGCAGGAGUUUGCUGCUGAUUCUGCUGCAGCUGCUAGAGAUCCUCGAUCGAACGCUGCAGCCUCAACUGCGCUUAGUGCAGAACAAGUGAGAGCAGCAGUAGGGGGGAAGCGCCAUUCUCCCGUUGAGAAGGAGCAACAAGAGGAGCUUGCUGCUGCUGCAGCUGCCGACCGCUUUUCCUCCCUCCGGCGACUGCUGGAAGCGACAAAAGACGCUAAGGCUGAGCUGAUCGCUGAGCAGCAAGCGGAGGAAAAGGCAGAACAAAGACGCGAGGCGGAGAGGCUGGAGGCACUCAGACAGAAGGCGGAGAGAGAACGCAGGGAGAAGGAAGAGGCGGCAAAGCGUCAGGCUUUGCUGGAGGAGCAGCAGCGCAAGAAGGAGGAGGAGCAGCAGCAGCGACGGAGGGAGGAAGAAGAGCGGAGGAAGAAGCAAGAGGCAGAGGAGAGGAAGAAGCAAGAGGCAGAGGAGCAGAGAAAACAGGAGGUGGAAAAAGCGCAGCAGAAGCAACAACUACAGGAAGCAGCGCAGACGGAUGUCACUGGUAUGGUGUAUUGGGGAGAGCAAACAGACGGGAGCCAUGCACGGGCUAUUGAGACGCUUCGUGGUUUCAUUAGGGGGCCUCUAAAGCGCAUGCCAGAGGGAGCAGAGGAAUUUUUUUGUCGUGAACUGGCCAAAAGGAUCCUUGCCUUGUGUGAACGGGGAGGACAGCUAAGUGUGCGACCCAGUUCGGUUUGGGCGUAUGGUUAUCUCAUUCGAGGUGUGGCUUCGCAUGCCAAAGACUUUGAGAGAAUCUUUCGGGCAGCUCUCUUCUCCGUCUGCACCUACGCAACCCCUUUCUCCCACCGAAGGACGCAGGGGAUGACGGCAGAGGCCUUUUAUCGCCUUCGUGGGCAAUGGGCUGGGGAGUCUGAGGUCGAUUUCUUCGACAGAAUGGCAGCAUCCCUACGCCUCUGGAUAGCGUAUCUUGUCUGCUCCCAGAAACUAGAGGAUGUCUGGCUGUGGGGGGCACGAUUUAUCAACAUGCUAUGCAGCACGUCGGCGAAGGCGGGCCGCAUUGCCCCCGCCCUGCUGCUCGAAUUCCUUCAAACGGCUGGCCAUGCGGCGGCUCGCCAGUACAAGAAGCAGUUUUCCAAAGUCAUGGAUAUUAUUCGGACGUCAGUCCUGCCUCGUUUCGAGGCGUUGAAGCAGAAGAACGCAGAGGGCAUAGGGGCAACGGUCACACAGCUGGCCCUCUUGGUGGAAGACUUUUACAAGAGCGGCCACGCUUUCCCUGAGCCGGAGGGGAAACAGAUGAAGCAGAAGGAGAGCGAACUUAGCCAGGACGUGUGA